GGAGAUUUAUGAGUCACAGUGAGGAGAAAUAAUCUCCAUCAUGCUGCUGGAGUUGUUUUUUCUCAUCUUGUCAUCAUGUUGCAUCGGGGAGUCAAAGAGAAGAAAUGUCCUGCUAAUAAUUGCUGAUGAUGCUGGCUUUGAAACGGAUGUUUACAACAACUCUGUGGUCCGGACCCCCCACCUGCGCUCUCUGGCGCAGCGCAGCCUGGUGUUCAGCAACGCCUUCACCUCCGUCAGCAGCUGCUCCCCCAGCCGCUCCACCAUCCUCACCGGCCUGCCGCAGCACCAGAACGGCAUGUACGGCCUCCAUCAGGGUGUUCACCACUUCAACUCGUUUGAUGGAGUCCAAAGUCUGCCGCUGCUCCUCAGCCAAGCCAACGUACACACAGGUAUAAUAGGGAAGAAGCAUGUGGGUCCUGGUCCUGUAUACCCUUUUGAUUUUGCCUACACAGAGGAGAACAACUCAGUCCUCCAGGUGGGGAGGAACAUCACCCGCAUCAAACUCCUGGUCCGCAAGUUCUUCCAGACUCAUAAAGAGGAAGUCUUUGAACCAAGGCGAAAGAAAGAAGAGAACAAAGACAAUAUAAAAGAAGAAGAGAGGCCGUUUUUCCUCUAUGUCGCCUUUCACGACACCCACCGAUGUGGACACUCGCAGCCCCAGUACGGAGCUUUCUGUGAGAAGUUUGGGAACGGAGACAUGGGGAUGGGCAGAAUACCUGACUGGACACCAGAAUAUUACACACCAGAACAAGUCAAGGUUCCUCCUUUUGUUCCGGACACACCUGCAGCACGAGCCGACCUGGCUGCACAGUACACCACAGUCAGCAGGCUGGACCAAGGAAUCGGUCUGGUCCUUCAGGAGCUCAGGGAUGCUGGUUAUGAGAACGACACUCUGGUGAUCUACAGCUCAGAUAACGGGAUCCCCUUCCCCAACGGCAGGACCAACCUGUACCGCUCCGGGACCGCUGAGCCCAUGCUGGUCUCCUCUCCAGAGGACCGGCAGCGCUGGGGGGACACCAGCCAGGCCUACGUCAGCCUGCUGGACAUCACUCCCACCGUCCUGGACUGGCUGUCUGUCCCGUACCCGUCCUACUUCCUGCCCGGCAACCCCCGCGACCCGGUCCACCUCACCGGUCGCUCCUUGCUGCCGGCGCUGGUCUCUGAGCCCAGCAGCUGGCACACCGUCUACGCCAGCCAGUCGCUGCACGAGGUAACCAUGUACUACCCGACCCGCUCCGUCCACCAGGGGGCGUUCCACCUCCUCCACAACCUCCACUACCGCAUGCCCUUCCCCGUGGACCAGGACCUGUACGUGUCGCCCACCUUCCAGGACCUUCUGAACCGGACCAGACUGGGCGAGCCCACCCACUGGUUCAAGAGCCUGCAGCAGUAUUACUACAGGGAGCGCUGGGAGCUGUUCGACUCCAGGACCGACCCUCUGGAGUCCAGGAACCUGGUCUCAGAUCCGUCCUACAGCUCCGUGCUGCAGAGCCUGAGGCAGAGUCUGCAGAAGUGGCAGUGGGAGACAGGAGACCCCUGGGUCUGUGGGCCAGACUACGUCCUGGAAGACAAGCUGGAGCCGCACUGCCGACCGCUCUACAACGGACUGUGAUGGUCCUUCAACUCAUCCUGACCCACAUCAGGACACAUUCUCCUUAUAAAAUAAAUGACAUGUAUUUGUAGUUUUUAUUUUUGUAUGUCAGUGCUGCUUAUAAUGCUCCAAAAUAAACAAAACUUGAAUUUUCUUAA